UUACUGCAGCGAGUUCAGACACGUUUUCUGAAGUUUGAAGUCGCUGUAAACAAACGGAUAAAAGCGAUUUAAAAUAAAUAUCGUACGUUGUGUCCGUAGUUUUAUGGACAAGUCUUGUGUCCCCGUGUGUUGUAUCUGUUUCAUAAUCGUUGUAUUUAUUCAUUUACUGGAGUUAAAAGGGUAGUGACAUUUUUAUUGGAUCUUCAUAACGUUUUUUUUAAAGCUAUGACAUGACCGUUGACCGGCUGCAUCUGCUGCCGAGGGGAAGGGACAAGGCCAUGUGUUGAAAUGCCAGAUAAAGGGAAAGAGUGAAUUUAUUUGGUACAAGGGCUCUUGCCUUGAAUGGAGGUCAGUUAAGUUUAAUUGUUUAAAUACUUGAUGGACAAUGGCGAAGCAGCCGGUUAACAGGGGCUUUUGUGGCGCCAUUUUUUCGAGCUGCCCGACAGGUUUCAACGACGAAAACAAAACUCCUGGGAAUAUAUCUUCUCGCCCGACAUUCUCGAACUCGCCCAUGACUUCCUCCGAAAGGUCUGCGGCUAAAGCUAGCAAUGUCCACCCCCCAAACACCCCAAACUCGCGAAAUCCUCGGCAGAAGACCUACUUUGGCAACUUGAUGACGGAUGACAUUCAGACGACUCCACACACCUCCAAGCCAGCUCGAUCGUCCUCCGAGAAGACCCCCACGUUCUUCUGCACCCCAAAUCACCCCCAGAAGUCCAGUAGCACACCCUUCAGGACCCCAGUUCGUCGUUUCUUCACGGACCCCUCACCCCAGUCUACCCCAGACUGCUUCGGUCCCGUCCAAGUGGAGACCCCACGUACCAAGAAAGACAAUCCCCUCGAGGAGAUGACCAUUUGCGAGGGUGAAAGCAGCAAUUUAACCGUCGGUGUGAGAGUCAGACCGAUGAAUCUUCGGGAAUUGAACGACCCCGAGGCAAAGCCAGUUGUCCAGGUCCGAGAAAAUACAGUAACCGUUGACUCUGACUGCUCCCAGCACAGCUUCAACUAUGAUCACUGCUUCAAGUCCACGUCAAAGUCCUCCGCAUUGGACCAGAAGAAGAUCUUCGAUGCAAUGGUUCUGCCCCUGGUGGAGAGUGCCUUCGAGGGCUACAAUGUCUGUCUAUUUGCUUAUGGACAGACUGGGUCAGGAAAGAGCCACAGCAUGAUGGGUUCCGAGUUCAAUCAGAACCCAGACGCGCCCAGACUGCCGGAGGGAGCCGGGAUAAUCCCACGUUUCUGUCACGAAAUAUUCUCCCGAGCUAGUGACAACGAGAACCUCCUCACAAGCGUCGAGAUCAGUUACUUUGAAAUUUACAACGAAAAGAUUCACGACUUGCUGGCCAGCACCUCCAACAGUGGGAAGAAGCGAACUCCUCUGAAGGUCAGGGAGCAUCCGGUAUUUGGGCCGUAUGUUGUUGACCUCAGUCAGCACUGCAUUCAGAACUAUGGAGAUCUCCAGGGCUGGCUGAAGGUGGGGAGCUCGCAGAAGGCUACGGCUGCCACGGAGAUGAAUGAGAAGAGCUCCAGGUCCCACAGUAUUUUCAGCGUUGUUCUGACGCAAACGCUGAAGGGCCAGGUCUCCCGGGGGGAGGCCAGCAGGAGGAGCAAGAUCAAUUUGGUGGAUCUUGCUGGCAGUGAGAGACUUAGCCAGACUUGUGCCAGUGGAGAAAGACUUCGGGAAGGAGUCUCAAUUAAUAAAUCUCUCCUGACUCUGGGUAAAGUAAUCGCAUCCCUAGCUGAGAGUACUAAUAAUCGAAAACGUGGAUUCAUCCCCUAUAGAGAGUCGAUCCUCACCUGGCUGUUAAAGGAAAGCCUCGGAGGAAAUUCUAAAACUGCAAUGCUGGCGACUGUGGCUCCUAGCAGUUUGCAUCUAGAGGAAACCUUGGCCACCCUCCGCUAUGCCUGUCAGGCGAGAUCCAUUGUCAACCGAGUGCGCAUUAACGAGGAUCCACAUGAUAAAUUGAUAAGAGAGCUGAAGGCUGAGGUUCUGAGACUGCGGGGAGUUCGGGAGAACUACGAGAAACAGCUGGGGAAUAGGAAUUUCCGGGGAACUAAUGACGUAGCUCGGGAUCAGGAUAAGGAACGGGAGAUUGAGAGACUUAGGAAUCAACUUAGAGAGACAGAGGAGCAGUUGAAGGUGACACAGAAAUCCUGGUCAGAGAAGCUGGAGGAGGCUGAAAAACGUAAAGGCGUAGAAAUAAAUUUUCUCCGACGUUGUGGAAUAGCGGUUGAAAUUGAUUUUCCAGAAAAUAUAAAGUCUCCCUGUUUGGUGCACCUGGCACCAGAUCCAAUUCUCUCUGGUACACUCCUGUACUUGAUACCACAGGGUUCAGUGUCUAUAGGAAGAAAUACCCAGGGCACGAGGCGUUCCUCUGUGUCCCCGGAUAUUCUUCUCAAUGGACCACUUGUCUCACCCCUGCAUUGCACUAUUGAGAACAACGAGGGACAUCUGACAUUGAAGCCUGAAGAAAAUAGCGAUACUUACGUCAAUGGACAGAUAGUACGUAAUGAAAUAUCACUGAGGCAUGGGGAUCGUUUAGUUAUCGGCGGAAAUCACUAUUUUAAAGUUUGCAAUCCAGGAGAUGGCAAUGACCAAUGUACUUCGCAAUCCGUUGACUACGAUUUUGCACAUCAGGAGAUAUUCACGAUACAGGAGGAAAAGUUGAGGAAAGAACUUGAAGAAUCAAAACAGAAGGCAAUAAAAGAGUUGGAAAACGCAAAACGCGACAUAGAACUGCAGCUGGGAUCGCAAAAAAUUAAUUACGAGAGGGAGAUAGAAUGUCUAGGGUCAUCGCUAGAGCAGCAGAAACAGGCGUUGACGGAAAUUACCAAACGAAAGAGGGAAUUGGAGAUUGAAAAGGAAAUGUUGACUCAUCAGAUCGAGAGGAAUACGAGACAGAAGGUUCCCCCGGUGGAGACCCCACGUGUGUCGCCGUAUCGAUCGAAUUUCCUGGACGAACUUGAAAAAGUGCUGACCGAAACCACGAAUGAUGCUGAGGCUGUAUUGAGUAAUGACACUAAUAGAGAUUGCAUGCGAUCUGGGGGCAUUACGUUACACGAGAUGCAGCUUCUCGUUAGGGAGGCCAAGGAGAGGUGUCGUGACAUCGGUCUCCAUUAUGAAUUCCUCCAGCAAAAGGUGAUAACGGAUAACGGUUUGCGUUCGAUGAUCCGCGUGCGGGACAGAGACAGGAAGCAAGAGGCUUUCUGGGAGCCCAUGUACUUUCUCGACUGGGUGCAUCGCCUCCGGGACGGGGAGAGCACUAAAAAGGAUUUGAUAGACUCGACGGAACACUGGGAGGCCCUCGACGAAAGCCAAUUAGAGGACUCCCUGGACAGCAGUCGUAUCUCAAUAAACUUGACCCCAAUAAAGAGACAAUUGAACGAGAGUCUUCUCCAAUUAUCAAUGAAUGGUUCGUUGUUCGAGGCACCUGACGAAACACAUGUCGUUACUCAGAGACGUGACGACAUGAAGGCGUGCCUCCUACAAAUGGAGAUAGCUGCUAAAACCCUAAGCAAACUCUGUCACCACGAGAGUGAAGACGUCAGUAAAAAAGUUACUGAAUCGCUCACAAAUGUUAAUGGAAUAUUGACUUCAUUGAGGAAGGCUCUUGGCUUAGUCGACAACAAAAGCAGUUCUGCGACUCUUAAGAACAUUGGCAACAACAGGGGCUUCACUUCCAGCUCACGAAGUCCCCUCAGGUCCCCGAGAACUGCCAAACGCCAAAUUAUUCCUGAGAAAGCAGUUCGUUUCAACGUUCAGGGAUCACCCUGACAUUCGUUAUCGAGAAGUGACAACACUUCAGUGAAGUUUCUAGUUGUUUUACAAGAUACCUGACAUUGUACAGAUUUUUAUGAACUCGAGUAUUUGUCGUAACGUCUUGCCUUGUAUUUUAAGAUUACUAAAAUUUUUAAGGACCAAAGUCACACAUCACGUCGAUCGCUUAAUCUACGACGACAAGUGUUAUCUACAUUUUUAUCGCUGAUUGUGAUAAAGGAGAAUAGAACAAUAAAAAAUGCAUAUGAGUCAA